CCUUUCCUAUUGGUUGAAAGUUCUCCACAUCAGCCAAUCAUGAAGCUGCAAUGGUUGCUAAGUGGGAGAGAGUGGACUGUUUGUUUUUGUUUCAAAGGCAGAAGAGGAGCAGCUGACAGCAGGAAGAACACUGAGGCCAGUCAUGAAUGUGGGGCGUGUAAUGCAGCUCUUCUUUCGCCCGGGUAAAGCUGGGGAAGAGGAAGACAGCGAGCCAGAGUCUGACUUGGAGAGUGAGGACUUUGACGAUGACGUGGUGGAUCCGUCCUAUGUUUUGGACGAGGAAGGAGAGGAAGAACAGGAAGAAGAUGAGGAUCUGACAGCAACGCUGCAUGCUUUUCAGGGUCCAGCGCCGAAGAAGCGGAGGAAGCUAGUCGGAUCCAAUUCAGCGAAAAGGAAGCUAGUCGGAUCCAAUUCAGUGAAAAGGAAGCUAGUCGGAUCCAAUUCAGCGAAGAGGAAGCUAGUCGGAUCCAAUUCAGCGAAGAGGAAGCUAGUCGGAUCCAAUUCAGCGAAGAGGAAGCUAGUCGGAUCCAAUUCAGCGAAGAGGAAGCUAGUCGGAUCCAGUCCAGCGAAGAGGAAGCUAGUCGGAUCCAGUCCAGCGAAAAGGAAGCUAGUCGGAUCCAGUCCAGCGAAAAGGAAGCUAGUCGGAUCCAGUCCAGCGAAAAGGAAGCUAGUCGGAUCCAGUCCAGCGAAAAGGAAGCUAGUCGGAUCCAGUCCAGCGAAAAGGAAGCUAAUUGGAUCCAGUCCAGCGAAGAGGAAGCUUGGCACACCCACCCGGACCUCCCCCACCCCAUCUACGCCCACCCGGACCUCCCCCACCCCAUCUACGCCCACCCGGACCUCCCCCACCCCAUCUACGCCUACCCCUACCCCAUCUACGCCCACCCAGUCCAGAUCUCGGCUGGCUCAGACAUCAGAGUCGGAGUCGCAGUCUGAUCCUUGGAAGACGGAGAAGGAUCCUGACUCUGUUCCAGAUAUAAGCCGGUUCCAGCCACGGAGACAACCCGGAAUCCAGUUGGAGACACUUUCCACCCACAGUCCGAAAGAACUUUUUCAGUUGUUUUUUGCUACCGACACAGUCUUGAAAAUGUGCAAAUACACCAACAAGCACGCUGCAAGGAACAAGGAGUUGGGGAAGAAGUACAAAUGGGUUGACGUAGAAAUGGAUGAUCUGUACAAGUUCUUCGGUCUCCUAUUCUACAUGUCACUGGUGUCACUGUGCAGGAUCCAGGACUAUUGGAGACAGAAUCACAUCUUUUAUGUGCCGUUUCCUGCCAAAGUGAUGCCCAGGGACAGGUUCCAGACCAUCCUUUGGAACAUCUACCUCAGUGAUCUUGAAGAGGAUGAACAGAAUGACAAGAAGGGAACACCAGGCCACGACAAACUGGCCAGAGUCAGGCCUCUGUAUGAAGCCAUCCGCUGUGCCUGCCAGGCGUACUACCACCCAAAGAGGGAGCUGGCCGUGGAUGAGAGGAUGGUGGCCGCCAAGGCCAAAACUGGCAUGAAACAGUACAUGAAGGUCAAGCCGAAUAAAUGGGGCAUCAAACUUUUUGUACUGGCUGAGUCAAGCAGUGGCUACACCAUCCAGUUCGACAUCCACACCGGCAAGACUGGAGCUAUACGUCACCAUGGGCUGGCCUAUGAUGUGGUCAUGAACCUGAUUCAGAAGUCCUCUCUAGGCACCGGGUACCAUAUUUACAUGGACAAUUUCUACACUAGUCCCAGACUGUUCAAGGACCUGACCAGCAUGAAGUUUGGAGCGUGCGGCACCUACAGGGAGGGCAGGAAGGGAUUCCCCAGAGUGAGGGAAAACGAUUUCACCAGAGACAGUGAGAGAGGUUCUGUGAGGUGGAUCAGGCAGGGCCAACUGCUUUUUGUGAAGUGGCUGGACACACAGGAGGUGUCCAUGUGCUCCACCAUCCAUCCUGCAUUUUCAGGUGACAUGGUGGAGAGAAGGAUGAAGGAUAAAGAUGGAUCCUGGACUACCAGAAGGAUCCCCUGUCCCACACCGGUCCUGGCCUACAACAAGAACAUGGGCAGGGUGGAGCAGUCGGACAAGCUCAUCCAGUACUACUCCACCCUCAGAAAAACCGCUUGCUGGUACAAGACCCUGUUGCUGCACUUUCUGGACAUUGCAGCAACGAACGCCUACGUCUUGCACUGUGAGCUGAGCAGCGUGAAGUCGAGGCAGCCCAUGACACACAAAGAGUUCAUGACGGUGCUGGUGUGUCAGCUCUGUGACGUGGACAUGGAAGGCAAUCCCCGGAGCAGGAAAAGUGAUCACAUUCCCGUAGCCAUCAGUGAAGUCCAGGAGUCAGCACAGAGAGCCCCCAGAGGCCGCCUGAGGUGCAAACGCUGCCUCCUGGAGGACGACGUAAGGAGAGACACAUCCUGGAAGUGUCAGGCCUGUGAGGUGCCUCUCUGUCUUUUGACGAACAGAAACUGUUUCUUUCAGUGGCAUAAAUAAUUCCUGUGAAAUGUUUUUGUGGCACCUGAUGGUUUUGUACAUAGUUGCAUGUGUGUGGUUUCUGCAGUAAAAAAAUCAAACUUUUCCUACUCAGA